CCGAAUAUCGCCAGAGGAUGUUGGUGGUCAAGGAGGAAACCUCACGUGCUUACACCUCUCCCUUUGAAGUGCCGCGAAAUGCGGAACUUUCUCCCUGCACUUUCUUCGAUCUUCUUUUUCUUUCCCGGAAUCUGCCGUGAUGUCCCGACAUACGCCACUCCUCCUGAUGAGCCAGCUAACCAAACCCCUGCUGGGAGGUCAGGCUGGGUCCCAAUCCAUGUUAAGCCGAAUAACAGGAACAUCUUGAAACAAAUGAGAGGUGGUGGUGAUUUACACUGCAGCGGACACAAAGCAGUGAAACAAUCUACAAU